AUCUUUCAGUAUAAAAGGGUAAAGUUGAGGUGAAUCAGUUGACGUCUAGUCUGCAAAGCUGUUUACUCAUACACUCUCUCAUGUGCUAAGAAUUGAUUGAAUAGAGUCUUUUGAUCAAUUUGGUGUGCAGCAUUUGGGGAGAUCAGAGCAGCAAUGGAGAGUGGCAGUGAAGUGAUCGAACACAAGGCGUACGCGAGGGUGGGUCUGUUGGGGAACCCCAGCGAUGUGUAUUACGGCAACGCCAUAUCUUUCAGCCUCGGCAACUUCUGGGCUUCCGUGCGUUUGGAGCCUUCGCCGGAUCUGUUCAUCUCCCCCCAUCCUACUCACGAUCACGUCCACUUCAAUUCCCUAUCCAAUCUGGUGAACCGUUUGCAAAGUGAAGGUUAUUAUGGAGGUGUGCGAUUGCUUAUGGCAAUUUGUAAGGUGUUUCACAAUUACUGCAAGGAUAAUAACAUCAGUCUACAUGAAAGAAAUUUCAAGCUUUCAUAUGAUACUAACAUCCCCCGCCAGACAGGUCUUUCGGGCUCUAGUGCUAUUGUAUGUGCUGCAUUAAGUUGCCUCCUCGACUUUUACAACGUUAGGCAUCUGAUUAAAGUUGAGGUCAGACCAAACCUUAUCCUCAAUGCAGAGAAGGAACUCGGGAUUGUGGCUGGUUUGCAAGAUAGGGUGGCACAGGUCUAUGGCGGUGUCGUAUACAUGGAUUUUGGCAAGAAGCAUAUGGAUGCGUUAGGUCAUGGAAUAUAUACACCCAUGGAUAUUGAUCUUCUCCCCCCUUUGCAUCUAAUCUAUGCUGAGAAUCCCAGUGAUUCUGGAAAGGUCCACAGUACAGUUCGUCAGAGGUGGUUAGAUGAUGAUAAGUUCAUAAUAUCAUCAAUGGAAGAGGUUGCAAAACUAGCUGUGCAAGGACAAAAAGCAUUACUUGGGAAAGACUAUGUCACGUUUGCAGAGCUCAUGAAUCGGAAUUUUGACCUACGAAGGCAAAUGUUCGGGGACGAGUGUCUUGGUGCCUUGAACAUAGAGAUGGUUGAAGUGGCCCGAAGAGUGGGUGCAGCGUCAAAAUUUACAGGAAGUGGAGGUGCCGUAGUUGCAUUCUGUCCUGACGGUCCAUCCCAAGUGAAGAAACUCGAGGAAGAUUGCCAGAAAGCUGGUUUUAUCAUUCAACCCAUUAAAGUCAUGCCUUCAUUCCUGAAUGAUACUGAUCUUCAAAUUCUGCAAUCUAAAUAAGUUUUCUCAGAUGGUUGAUAUCCUUCAUCAUUUCUUAAUAUUUUAUGCCCCACAGAAUAAAGCACAUGGAAGCAAGUUUAACAAUUGAGCCUUAUUGAUAGUACAAAAUUUCGUUUAUUCCCA